CGACUCAUCAUCCAACACCACUGCUUACUCUGUCAGCACACACAACAAGACUCACUCAAUAUGGCUUCGACGUUCCCACCUCCACCAGUCAAUACCAUCGACUGGGACGACAUCGGCUUCAAAGUCCGUGAAGUCAACGGACACAUCGAAUCGACAUACUCAGUCAAGACCGGAGAAUGGACUGCCCCAAAAUUUGUGCAAGAUCCCUUCCUUCGCCUCCACGGCAUGGCUCCAGGCCUCAACUAUGGAAUGCAAUGCUACGAAGGACUGAAGGCUUCUCGCGGACCUGACGACAAGACGAUCGGAAUCUUCAGACCUCAAGCGAACGCAGAACGUAUGCAGCACUCUGCUUCCUUCGUCAGCAUGCCGGAAGUCCCGGUCGAGCUGUUCAAGAAGUCAGUCCACCUGGCUGUCAGCUUGAACGCUGCUUACGUCCCACCUCACCGCACUGGCGCUUCCAUGUACAUUCGUCCUCUUCUUUUCGGAUCCAGUGCCCAGCUCGGCCUCGACCCACCUGAAGAGUACACUUUCCUCGUCUUCGUCAUGCCCACUGGCGUCUACCACGGAGUCCACCCAGUCGCAUGUCUGAUCCUGGAAGACUUCGACCGUGCUGCUCCCGAAGGCACAGGUAGUGCCAAGAUUGGCGGCAACUAUGCUCCUGUCUUGCGACACAGCGGGAAAGCUAAGAAGGAAGGCUUCGGUAUCACCCUUCACCUCGACAGCCGAACACGAACAGAAGUGGAUGAAUUCUCCACUUCCGGCUUCAUCGGAAUCCACGGAAACCCCGAAGAAGGCUGCACAAUUGUCGUUCCUGACAGCAAGAACGUGAUCAAGUCCGUGACGAGCAACACAAUCUGCGAAAUCGCCAAGAGUUGGGGAUGGAAAGUCGAGCAGAGACCAAUCAAAUACAACGAAAUCGGCACUUUCACCGAAAUCGCCGCAGCAGGCACGGCAGCAGCUCUCGUCCCCAUCAAGAGCAUCACCAUGCGCUCCAAGAACGACACUUUCAAGUACCAAGGAGGCGGCGAUGAGCCCGGUCCAGCUGUCGUCAAUCUUCUUGCUCAGUUGAAGGGCAUUCAGCAGGGUAAAAUCAAGGAUGAGUUUGGAUGGGUCGAGCAAGUUCGGGAGUAUAAGCCUGAGGAGUAUGCGCAUGAUGGCAGUGCUGGGCAGUCGAAUGGUGUUAAUGGUGCUACGCCGAAUGAGUUGCCGUAGGAGAUGUCUUUGCUGUGAUGGCUAGAAGAUGGGAGAAUGAAAGGAAAUGUAUGCUCAUGCUAGAUCACGAUUAGCUAGAUGUUACAUGAUGAAAUGAUGUGGUAGCGCGCCGCCAAU